AUGGCGAUGGUUUGUCUCAGGAAAUUGGAGUUUAAAGGAAAGGGAAAAGGAUCUUACAUUGAUACAAGUAACCAUCCGAUGCCUCGCACAAGACGUUGGACAAUGAGAAAGUUGAACUUUCUGAGGCCUCAGAUCUCUGCACUGGGAAGAUCCCAUUUCUCAACUGCCGCUGAACCAUCGUCCAGUAAGCGCAAUCCACUGGUCCUGUAUGUAAUUUCAUAUCAGAGGGUUCCAAACCUUAUUGGGGGCAGUUUUGUUGACUCAAAAUCAUCAUCUGUCAUUGAUGUUAUAAACCCAGCAACCCAAGAAGUUGUUUCUCAAGUUCCUUUGUCUACGGAUGAAGAGUUUAAGGCAGCUGUAUCUGCAGCAAAGAAGGCAUAUCCAUCAUGGCGAAGCACUCCAAUUACAACACGCCAACGUGUUAUGUUGAAGUUUCAAGAACUAAUACGCAGAGAUAUGGAUAAACUUGCUCUGAAUGUGACCACUGAACAAGGAAAGACGUUGAAGGAUGCACAAGGAGAUGUAUUUCGUGGUUUAGAGGUGGUGGAACAUGCUUGUGGGAUGGCAACUCUACAAAUGGGGGAGUAUGUUUCCAAUGUAUCACAUGGAAUUGAUACUUACAGCAUUAGAGAACCACUUGGUGUUUGCGCUGGUAUUUGUCCUUUCAACUUUCCUGCAAUGAUUCCGUUGUGGAUGUUCCCUAUGGCUGUCACUUGUGGUAACACCUUUGUUCUAAAACCAUCAGAGAAAGACCCAGGUGCUUCUGUAAUGCUUGCAGAAUUAGCAUUGGAGGCUGGUUUGCCAGAGGGUGUCUUAAAUAUAGUUCAUGGAACACAUGAUAUUGUGAAUGCUAUUUGCGAUGAUGAUGACAUCAAAGCCAUAUCUUUUGUUGGGUCAAAUGUUGCUGGAAUGCACAUAUAUUCACGAGCAGCAGCUAAAGGGAAACGUGUUCAGUCUAACAUGGGAGCCAAAAAUCAUGCAAUUGUCAUGCCAGAUGCAAAUGUUGACGCAACUCUAAAUGCUUUAGUUGCAGCUGGUUUUGGUGCUGCUGGACAAAGGUGUAUGGCUCUCAGCACAGUUGUUUUUGUUGGAGGCUCAAAAUCAUGGGAAGCUAAACUUGUAGAGCGUGCAAAAGCUCUCAAGGUAAAUGCUGGAACUGAACCUGAUACAGACCUUGGUCCAGUGAUCAGCAAGCAGGCAAAGGAUAGAAUACACAGACUAGUUCAAUCUGGGGUUGAAAGUGGUGCCAAACUACUGCUGGAUGGAAGAAAUAUAGUGGUCCCAGGAUAUGAAUCGGGAAAUUUUAUUGGCCCAACCAUCUUAUCAGAUAUCACUGCCAACAUGGAGUGCUACAAGGAGGAAAUUUUUGGCCCAGUUCUCCUUUUCAUGGAGGCUGAUAGCUUGGAAGAGGCCAUAAACACUAUCAACAGUAACAAGUACGGAAAUGGUGCUUCUAUAUUUACUUCAUCUGGUGUUGCUGCAAGGAAAUUUCAGACUGAGAUAGAGGCUGGCCAGGUUGGCAUCAAUGUUCCCAUUCCAGUUCCUUUGCCCUUCUUCUCAUUCACUGGCAACAAGGCAUCGUUUGCCGGUGAUCUCAACUUCUACGGCAAGGCAGGGGUUAACUUCUUUACACAGAUCAAGACAAUAACACAGCAAUGGAAGGAUUCAAGUGGUGGUAGCAAGAUUAACUUGGCCAUGCCAACCUCUCAAAAAUAG